GCCAGCCGUCCGGAGCGCUUGGCUCGCACGCACGGCCCCCGGCUGCCCCGCGCCUCGCCGGAGCCCGAAGGGGCGCGGGUCCGGGGCGAGGGCCGGCUGGGCGUGUUUGAUGGCUUCACUGAGAAGAGUCAAAGUGCUGUUGGUGUUGAACUUGAUCGCGGUGGCCGGCUUCGUGCUCUUCUUGGCCAAGUGCCGGCCCAUCUCGUUGCGCAGCGGAGACGCCUUCCAUGAGAUUCGGCCGCGGGCCGAGGCCGCUAACCUCAGCGCGCACAGCGCCAGCCCCAUCCAGGAUGCGGUCCUGAAGCGCCUCUCUCUGCUCGAGGACAUUGUCUACCGGCAACUAAACGGUUUAUCCAAAUCCCUUGGGCUCAUUGAAGGUUAUGGUGGACGGGGCAAAGGGGGCCUUCCUGCCACCCUCUCCCCUGCUGAAGAAGAGAAGGCCAGGGGGCCCCAUGAGAAGUAUGGCUACAAUUCCUACCUCAGUGAAAAAAUUUCACUGGAUCGUUCCAUUCCGGAUUAUCGUCCCACCAAGUGUAAGGAGCUGAAGUACUCCAAGGAGCUGCCCCAGAUAUCCAUCAUAUUUAUCUUCGUGAACGAGGCCCUGUCGGUGAUCCUGCGCUCAGUUCACAGCGCAGUCAACCACACGCCGACCCACCUGCUGAAGGAAAUCAUCCUCGUGGAUGACAACAGUGACGAAGAGGAGCUGAAGGCGCCCUUGGAGGAGUAUGUCCACAAACGCUACCCUGGGCUGGUGAAGGUGGUGAGAAACCAGAAAAGAGAGGGACUGAUCCGAGCUCGCAUUGAGGGCUGGAAGGUGGCCACCGGCCAGGUCACCGGCUUCUUUGAUGCCCACGUGGAGUUCACCGCUGGCUGGGCCGAACCGGUCCUCUCGCGGAUCCAGGAGAACCGGAAGCGUGUGAUCCUUCCCUCCAUCGACAACAUCAAGCAGGACACCUUCGAGGUGCAGCGCUAUGAGAAUUCGGCCCACGGGUACAGCUGGGAGCUAUGGUGCAUGUACAUCAGCCCCCCGAAAGACUGGUGGGAUGCUGGAGACCCUUCCCUCCCCAUCAGGACACCAGCCAUGAUCGGCUGCUCGUUUGUGGUCAACAGGAAGUUCUUUGGUGAAAUCGGUCUUCUGGACCCUGGGAUGGAUGUGUAUGGAGGAGAAAAUAUCGAACUUGGAAUCAAGGUGUGGCUGUGUGGGGGCAGCAUGGAGGUCCUGCCUUGCUCACGGGUGGCCCACAUCGAGCGGAAGAAGAAGCCAUACAACAGCAACAUCGGCUUCUACACCAAGAGGAAUGCUCUACGGGUUGCCGAAGUCUGGAUGGACGACUACAAGUCUCACGUGUACAUAGCAUGGAAUCUGCCGCUAGAGAAUCCAGGAAUUGACAUAGGCGAUGUCUCUGAAAGAAGAGCCUUAAGGAAAAGUUUAAAGUGUAAGAAUUUCCAGUGGUAUCUGGACCACGUCUACCCAGAAAUGAGAAGAUACAAUAACACCGUCGCCUACGGGGAGCUUCGCAACAACAAGGCAAAAGACGUCUGCUUGGACCAGGGGCCAAUGGAGAACCACACGGCAAUACUGUACCCGUGCCACGGCUGGGGACCCCAGCUGGCUCGCUACACCAAGGAGGGCUUCCUGCACUUGGGCGCCCUGGGGACCACCACGCUCCUCCCCGACACCCGCUGCCUGGUGGACAAUGCCAAGAGUCGGCUGCCCCAGCUCCUGGACUGCGACAAGGUCAAGAGCAGCCUGUACAAGCGCUGGAACUUCAUCCAGAAUGGCGCCAUCAUGAACAGAGGCACCGGCCGCUGCCUGGAGGUGGAGAACCGGGGCCUGGCGGGCAUUGACCUCACCCUCCGCAGCUGCACGGGGCAGAGGUGGACGAUCAAGAACUCCAUCAAGUAGUGGGGGAGCCGGGCCCCCGGGACAGGGCCUGCCGUCCUCUGGACCAGCCAUACUGGGAGAGAAACAGCGAGACACCGGCGGGGGGUGCUCAGUGGGGCUUCUCCAGGGCAGCCCCCCGCCCCCGGUGGAGACUCUGUAUCUUCAUCAGGCAUCCAGCUUCCCGAGGCUCAUGCACCCUGGGAAAGGCCCCUGACCCUUCUCUGGGAACCCAGAAGCUGUGUCUUCUGCAGCCCGGAUGUGGACCUGGUACCAAGGAGCAACACAUCACAUCUCCUCUUGGUCAUCUUCCCACCCGCCGUCAGGACAGGACUGGCAGGGGCCCCUCCUUUUUCUCAUCUCACAGCAGCUUCUCCGCAGCCUUCAACAAAGGGGAGGGGUCUGGGCCACAUCCUAGCUCCUCCUCUUCCUCCAAGAAGGCAGCGAGGCCCUAGGACUCAGUUUCCUCCAGGCUGCCUCGGCCCAGAUGCCCGUUUACAGCCCAAGAUCACCGCCCCAAACCUUUCCAGCGGGUGGCCUUGGACUUUGCUGGACUCCCACCCCUGAGAUGACGUGGGAGGAUGCUUCCCUGGUCACCUGGGCACUACGGUGCCUAUGUGCCAGCUCUUCCGCCUGUGUCCUCAAGAGGGAGCCAGAGAGCACACGGCCGGCCUCGGCUGGGAGGGGCCCCAGGCUGGAACGGGCUGUUGCGCCCUACCUGCCCAGGGCGGAGCAUCCCCCAGACGCGCCGUGAACUGCCGCAGAGGAGGCGGCAAACAGCCUCCACCUGGGGCUUAAAGACUGCCAUCGGCACGGCCCAGGGGGCCAGGGCCCUGGAGGGUGCUCAUCUCGUGUCUCCCCGCAGUCUGCUGGCUGACGGGAGAAGGCAGCUGAGUCCUCUCGGAAGAGUAAUAAUAUUUUUCCGAUUGCCCUCUGGUUAGGGUUCACUUAUAAAUCAGAGUUAAUAUAUGGACGCGUGUGCAUGCGUAUGAGGCUGUGUGCCUGGU